UGUCUAUUUAGUUUUUCCCGCCGGUGGCGUGUGUACACACUGGUGAACAGAUGGAGCGCCUGACAAAAUCCUUACGUUUAUUUUCAUUUCCCUCGGGAAAGGUUCUUCAUCCUGCGACAUGGCAUCCUUUGAAUUUAAAAAAGGAAUACUCGACGGAAUCACUGGAACCCGUGGAACUAAGUUUCGAUGUUUACACGGGUGAGAAUCAAGAAACAAGGCCACCAUUGCUGACCUAUCAUGGCCUUUUUGGUUCCAAGCAGAAUUGGCGGGGAAUUAGCAAAGCUCUUGUGCGGAAAGUGCCCAGGAAGGUCUAUGCAAUAGAUGUCCGUAAUCAUGGCGAGAGUCCCCAUUCAAGUGUUCACAAUUCGAGGGCAAUGAGCGAAGAUUUGCGUUUGAUUCUGGAGCGGCAAAAUCUACCCAAGGCUGCUUGCAUGGGCCAUAGCAUGGGUGGCAGGUCCAUGAUGUAUUUCGCUAGAAAAUAUCCAGAGUUGGUGGAGCGUUUAAUAGUGGUGGACAUAUCGCCUAUAAGUGUACCUCGAUCUACUGGUGAGAUGACGGAAAUCUUUGAUGCGAUGCUCUCCUUGGAUCUAUCGCCGAGUUUGUCCAUGUCUGAGGGUCGAAAAUUAGCCAGGGAGAAACUACUUAAAGCCACCGAAGACGCAACUGUGGACUUUAUAAUGCUGAACUUGCGUAAAGAUCCCAAUUCAGGCAAAUUCUCAUGGGCCUGCAAUGCUCCGGUUCUACGAGAUUUUCUCACCCGCUUUGAUAAUUACCAAAGAUCGUUGGAGGAACUUCCGCCGUAUACGGGACCCACCACUUUUAUCUGCGGAUCGCAUUCACCCUACAUGAGACGAGAGCAAUGGCCGCAAAUUACGGAAAUGUUCCCCAAUUCUGAGAUCCAUUGGCUGGAAGCUGGACACUUGGUGCACUUCGAGCAGCCGCAGGAGUUUUUAACAUUAGUCAGCGAGUUCCUAAACAGAUCUAAUUAGAUCACUAAAUUAGCCAAUUGUACAAAGGAGUCAAUAAUAGAUAGACUUUAGCUAAAUUUCAA